AUGGUCAGCAUGUUGUCUACUCCUGAUGGCGGCGACGACGAUGCCAUUGGUGGAACCUGGGCGGAGGUAGCGAGGAGGAAGAGGAAGAAGGGGAAAACAGGCAAGGACAACGACCCAGCUGCAUCUACUUCGCCCAUCGACAAGCAGAACGACAAUGUGUCAGCUGGCAGGACUGGCACCGCCAAACCUCGUAUCAGAACCCGUCCUCCAGCUAUCCUGGUGGACGUUAGUAGGGAGAACUUCCCCGAGUUGGCGAAAAAAAUCCGCGGCGAGGCGUGCCGUGACAUAAUAGGGAAUCGCGUUGUGGGAAUGAGGCAAGCCAAGUCCGGCGGUCUCCUCAUCGAGGUACGUGGCAACACUGACGAAGUGUCUGCGGUGAGAGCAGAAAUCGCGAGAUCUGCAGGGGUUGACAUAGAUGUCAGGACCCUACAGCAGAGGGAGAUGUUGGAGGUCAGGGACCUGGAUCAAUGGUCAGAUGGAGCUGAAGUUCUCGCGGCCAUGGUAUCGGCCUCAGGGUGCGACACGGGUGCACUAAAGUUAGUCGGUUUGCGGAAGCGCUUCGGUGGAGCACAGCUUGCCCUGGUCUCCGCACCCAAAGAAGUGACGCGGGAAAUCCUGAAACAAGGGAGACUAAGGGUUGGUAUGGUGAGUUGCAGAGUCAGGCUUUGUGACGCGAAAAUUAGGUGUUUUCGGUGCCUGGCACAUGGUCACACAGCGAAGGAGUGCACCGGCCCGGAUAGGACCAAGUGCUGCAAGCGUUGCGGAUAG